UUGAUCUGAAACUCCCUAUGCUAUGUGGUGGCAGCCAUUUUAAUUUGGUCACUGUCUCUCUCAGCGAGACGCCAACCAGUGCAAAAAAAAAGAGCCUGACAACAGGAACUGGAACCCCGCUUCCCCUUUCUCAGCCCCGCUGUCUUUGGCAUUGUGUGUCGCUGUCUUGAAGACAGAGCGAACCUGAUGGUACGUCGUCUCUGUGUUUUAUUGUACUGUCUGUGGAGCUUGGAUUCACCACCCCUAUUGAAGGGCUCAUCUUGAAGACCGUUUGAGGAUUUUCUGUUGCUCAUUCAUUGACUAAUGCCAUGAAUUGUGAAGAAGAGAGUGCAGAGAAGAAGGCAGUCCAUUCCUGGUCCAGAAUCUCCUCGGCUGGACAAACUGCAUUAGUGGAAGCCUUGAGAGUGUUCAGCCCCAUGUCAAAGGACCUUCUUGACACUGAGACACAACUGGUAUCUUUCCUUGAGAGUCUUAAGGAAGAAGGGCACAAGGCCACCGUUCUGAGAAGCAAAGACGUUUACGGGUACGAAUCCUGUAUGGCAGAAACUCCAUCGGCAGAAAUGGCUUUGAAAUCUGCGGGCACGUGUGCUAAAGUCAAAGUGGUAAAGAAACGAUCUAGAAAAGCUGCAUCCAAGAAAAAGGAAAUCAAAUAUACUUUAAGUGCCGCUUCUCAAAUAAUCUUCAAAAGACAACCAAAAAUCCUGUUGAGAAAUCUUUCGCAGGAGUCGCUAAGGCACACAAUGGCGGUCCUGUCGAAACCUUCAUCCUCCACUGCACUCUUGGGGAACAGUAAUGGAAACCAGCCGUGCUUGACAUUAACAAAACUAACUGCACCUUCAGGGAGUCCAACAGCCAGGCUACAAAUCCAUUCAGACUUUAGGUCCCUUGGGAUUUCUAUGUCAAAUUCUCUCAGAACGCCAAAACUGUCAAUAACACAGGUGCAGCCUUUGGAGAAUGCAAGUAAAAUGACGAAAGGAGUUGCUUCCUGUCCAGUAAAAAUGUCUGUGUCGCUGAUUGGUGGCUCAGCACCCAUGUGCCAAAAUGGCAGAGUUUUGAGAGAAAGCAACAACUGCAAAACCUCUUCCAUUAGGAUCAGCAGAACCACCAGUGUGGAACCUGAUAAGCUUUCUACAGACUGGACCGGAGUGGCUUCCAUGAAAGUGUUGAACAUCCAGCAAGAGGUUCGUGUGAGGAAACGGAAGAGGCUAGGAGAAACUGAGGAGAUGCAACCGAGGAAGAAAACCUCCGCAAAUUCAACCCUGGCCGAUGAGGGUCGGGAGGAAUCUGAGAUAAGGGAGAACUACCUGAGGUCGAAGGUUAUCAAGGUGGACGAUACUACUUCCGAUGAAGAAGUGAGACGGAAAGCCCAAAAGAUCCUAAGAGUGAAUCUUUCACCGGUGAUAGAAAUAAGACCUCUGUUGGCUUAUCCUAGCCUCUGAAAUCUAACUCUUUUAAUAGAAACCUUUUGCAUGUAAUAAAAGAUUCUGGCAGUCAAGGUUUUUACAAAUGGUGUUGGAUAAAAAUGGGGUAUGUGGCUUUGUGUUUAAGGAAGGUUUUCUGGUGUAGCUUUGCUAAUCUGGUAGUAUUUAUUCCUGAGGGUUAAGGCUGCCUAAACCUAUUGAAAUACUACACCAGAUUCAGAACAAUGAGAAAUAGGGGUGCAUUCUAUCCUGCAAUUGUUUUGUAUCCUCCCCCCACCUGGGUGGAAAGGGGGGAUCGUCCUGGAUAUCUUUUUGUUUAUUUUUGUACAUGCCUCUUAAAUAUGGUGCAAUGUAAACAUAUGUACAACAGUUAUGGAAACAAAUUGUAAUAAUACUGCACUGUGACUUUUCGUAUUCAGUUUUUUAUUUUGAUUAUUUAAUUUUACAUUGUCAAGAAAAAAAAAAAGAAAAAAAAUCUAAUAGAUAAGCCAUGUCAUUAUUUUUUACUAUGCAGUAUAAGUGUUGUCUAUUAAUGGGGAGCAAUUUAUUUGUGUUUCAGGAUGACUUUUCUAAUGUAAUAACAAACUAAAACCCUAUUUUAUGUAUUUGCAAUGUAGGCAUAAUCUGUUAAGGUGCCAUUCACUCUGGUGUAAAUCCAUACUGACCAUCAGUUAACCUGUGCCUGAAACAUUGUGGUUUGCGCAAGGCCAUGCUAGCUGUGGCCUGUGCUUCUAUCCAUUGCCUUUAAGUGGGAGGGCAGGUGGAGAGAAUACUGGAAAUGAGGUUUGAUAUCUUCUUGGAAAUACCGUAGUCGGAGAGAACAGCAUUUAUUUACUUUGCAUAAAAAAAAAAAAAAAAAUUUAAAUACAGUAUAUGUUUAAAUGCAUUUUAAUUUGAGAAUCUGGUUAAAUAUGCUCCAUGUUAAAGUUUAAUAAUAAUAAUCUUGUUGACAGCUGGAUAUAUCGCCGUGUUUAAUUUCAUUCUGAAAUAUAUCGUCAUUUAUGCACUUUUUUUCUUCCCAUUGAAAACUGUUUAUUAAUCAUACUGUGGUGAGGCAAGAUAUGAUUACAGACUGUUGCUUUAUUAGUUUUACUGGCCAAUACUGUUGCCAUGUAUGGAGCACCGAUUUGAAAUUCUGCACCCAAAGCAAGAGACCAGAAGAAAAGCUUUGCUCCUGGGGACUUGGGUGUUAUUUUCAUGGCUAGAUGUUUUUUGUGAAUUAAAUCUUCCUGCAGAAAAAGGCAUUUACUGUACAAACCACAAAAAACAUUACCUGCAGCUAACUAUUUUGUAAAAAUGAACUUUUUUUUUGUAAAUAUCCAAAGACCACUAAAUUAUUUUAUUUCUCUUGAUGGGAGGGGUGCAUUUUUCACUUAAAUAUAUUUUCCACUUUUUAUUUAUAUUUUCAAACGAAAGGUGAGUAUUACAAAAACAAAUAUUUUUUCAAUAGAGUCAAAUCCGUCCUUAUUUGUAGUUGCUGAAAAAGAAACGUUUAUUUUCUUUUUGUAGGACUUUUCACAGCUUGUCAACUAUUCAGUGCAAUAAAAAGUUCUCUCGUAUUGACGAACACGCAAAGUGUGUUUUUUCUAAUUUAAAUUUUUUGCUUUGUUUGGCCGCUGUAUAAAUGAUAUUUGGCCAUUCAAGUAUAAAGAUUGCAUUUACUUUGAAUCGCAUAUAUUAUAAGGUCCCUAUUGUCUCAUGUUUUCAGCUGCCCUUGCAUACCCUAUUUGACCGCUGUUAAGUUCCUGUAUCUUUUGGAACAUACCCUUCUGAGUAAUGUACAGACCAGUACAGUACUGGCAGGUACUGUAGUCACUGGACCGUACUGAAGCCCUAAUGAGAGUACCACCAGCAUUUUUGGCUGAAAGGGUCCUUUUUUACAUCCAAAGCAAUAGCUUGCAUUUAAAUGUGUGUGUGUGUGUGUGAAACUGAAUAGUUGACUUCAGAGUGCCACAAGCUGUAAAAUCUCUACAACGUUGCACUUUUCUGAUGCUCGAGUCUUUUGAAGAAAACAAGAAAAAGAUGAGCAUUUGGCUCACAAGUUUGUACUUGACUCUUGGCAUUGUGUAUUUUUUAUUAACAAUUUUGCUUACAAGAACUUAUGAAUACCAUAAAUAGGUAAAGUGUUUUCAGACAUGUUCAUUUGUGUUCUCCCAACUUGUUCUUUAUACAAGUGAUGGUUUGUGAAAGUGUUCCAAGGCUUUGCUGUCAGUGUUGUAUAUUUGGUUUAUUGUUCAGAAAUUGUGAAAAUAAACUUGUUUAAGAAAAACAGAA